AAAGAUAUAUCUCCCCUUUUUAUUAUCUAAAAUAAUUGAUCAUUAAUUGGUUCAUUUUUUAAUGAUUCAUGUGUUGUCAUCAACAAGGAAUAAUUGUGGCAAAUUGAUUCGACAAGAUGGAGAAAUAACGUGUUCACAUUUGUACCAGACAGACAAAGGGAAUUUGAGCUUUGUAAAAACUGACCACUACAAGAGCAAACUGCCUAACUCUUCUUUCGCCUUUUAAAUCUACAACUAACAUAUUGCUUCUAGAGAAAUAAGGUAGAAUAACAUGAUGAAGUACCAAAAUAAAAAAUGACUGUCGCAGAACAGAUAAAAGAUAUCAUUAUAAAUAUAUAUCUAGGAAGAAUCAGUCACUACCUAAUUACUAGAUCUACAAAGCUGACGAGGCAAUUAAAACACCAAGCAAUAUAAAGAAAUAGCCUCAAAUCAAAACAAAACCUGGACCCAGUUUAUAUAGUUACUGUACCUCAAGUCCACUUGACCUGUAUGUUCUCAUUUGAUAGCCAGUGGAUAAAGUAAGCGUGAAGUCUAUGCUGUAAGCUACAAUUCAGGGUACGGCUCAUUCCAAAGUGUUUAGGAUUGUCGUAUACUAGACAUAUACUUUUCGUUUAGUUUGUGGCCGUCAUCGAGAGCAGUGGUGUGAAAGAUGAGGUUCAACUUGCGGUCAAGUCAAGAUAACAGUAAAUUUGGAGUCCACGUCCUGGUGGUCUUAUUGGGCAUUACGUCAUGGUCAAUCAUGAAUGGACUGUGGGUGGAGCUGCCCAUACUUGUUGUUCAUCUCCCCGAGGGCUGGACAUUACCUUCAUAUCUGACCAUUAUUUGUCAGUUUGGAAACAUCGGCCCUUUAGUUUUUAGCCUGUUGGUUUAUCUGACUCCAAGAAAGAAGAUUGAGACUCCAACAGCGUUCGUCAUUGUUGUAGCGCUGACUCUCUGUGCUGCGCUCUAUGGGUUCUUGUGGCAACAAAGGUCUCCUAUUGGUUCCAAGGAGCACAGUGUCGCUCUGAUGUCUCUGACAUUAUGCCAAUCCAUUUUUGCAGCCACCACAUCCAUGGCUUAUUUGGCCUUCAUGUCCCACCUGAAAGCUCAGUAUAUAGGCAGUAUCUUUAUAGGGAUGAGCCUGAGUGGACUUAUUCCAGCACUAGCGGCCAUUGGUCAAGUCCCUGGAGAGGUGGAAUGCGUUACAAAUGCAAGCAAUAUUACAAAUGUAUCUCUAGUCUAUGAAACAAGGAAUUUUUCACAGAGUAUUUUAUUGGAUUUGAACCUCCUGGGACCUGGUAUGGAAAUGACAAGCAAUCACAACGUAGAUAGUGCAAGACAUCUGCAAAAUGUCAACGGUUCUGAAGUGUCACUACGGCAUUACAACGAAGAGCCCUCCUUCUCCGUGAAGUAUUUCUUUCUGAUGCUGGCGUCACUUGGUGGAUUCUCGUUUCUGUCCCUGGUCUUGCUAAUCCACCAUCCGUAUUGCAAAACGGAACACGUUGACACUAAGAAAGAAGACAAUUGCAGGCUGGUCCAGAUAAAUAGUUUCACAAAUGACUCAAAAGAUACUCAAGCUGAAGAAACAGUGGAAAGAACCCAGUUCGAUCAAAAACAAUUGUCGACUGUUCACACUGAACUUCAGAGGCACCAGCAGUCUGACUGUAAAGAAGACGAUGCCAGCAGUGAUAAAAGUAUCGAAGACGAAAGUAUAGACUUUGAAAAAAAUGCUGCAUUUAAUUCCUUGGAGCUAGAAGAUAAGGAUGAAAAGGAAGGGCAGCUUUCCAGAGCAGAGUCCUGGUAUUUGUUAGGUCUUCUGGCUUGGAUAAACAUGUUACAGACUAGCUUUGUGCUGGCGAUCCAGGUGUUCUCCAGUCUUCCAUAUGGUUUAUUCUUUUACAAUGGGGCGACAAAAGCAGAGAACAUAGUUGACCCAAUCGCUUGUUUUCUAACAAUGUGGGUAAGAGUCAAGUCACUUAGAGUUAUCUCCUUAUUGACGUUGCUAGGGACGCUUUUUAGCGCCUACAUCAUCAUCGUAGCAGCCAUGAGCCCGAACCCAUUCCUAGUUAAACAGACGGCAGGAGGAAUUCUCAUUAUUGCUGCCUGGGUUAUAAGUACCGCUCUGAAUGUCUUUGCCAAGGUAACGAUCGCAAGUGUCAUGCGAAGUCAGGGCCGGAUCUCACUCAUUUACACUGGGGGCAGCACCCAAACUGGUACCCUGAUUGGGGCUGUGCUUGCGUACGUCAUGAUCAAUGAACUGAGACUUUUCAAAGACAGCCCGUGGUGCUAAACAGAGAGAAUUCUAGUGUGUGACAGAGAACGAGACAGACAGACAGACAGACAGAUAUUAAAGUAUUAUAAUUAUGAAGUAAAACUAUCAGCUUGAAAAAAAAAAAUUUAAAAAAUGUAUAUGUGAUACAACUGAAUCGCCGUUUGUAGUGUACGACUGUCAAAACCUUCGUAGCUUCACAUUAUCUUAUUCUUUUAGUUUUCAUAUGAAAAUCAUGAAGUGGUCUCAAUGUAUAUUGUAAAGUAUUUCCUUUCUUCUGUCUAAAUGUACGUGUAGACUGUUAUGGCACGAUUAGGAAAUAAUUCUUUGUUUCGGAAAUAAGAGAAUGUUUGACUUAGUGACUAUGACGUGACUAAUAUUGGAUGGCUGCCUGGUCGUGCGGUUUGCACGCUGGACUGUCGUUCAGAUUUAUCGAUGGUCCCGGGUUCAAACCCUGCCCGCUCCCAUCCCCCGUCUUCAACUCUGAAGGAACAUCCGAAACAUGUAAAACAUUUUACAAACAUUUUAAUAAAAACAAGACUAGGUUUUAUGGACAGAAUGAAAGACCAGCCGACGUAAACAGGCUACUUCCAGGACAACGUAGAAAUAAGUCACAGUUUAUAAACGUAGAGAGUUAGCUGACAUUCGACGGUUCCCUUCAUAGCUAUUAAACUUGUUCGACAUUCAGUAUUAGCAUCGACUACCUUUUAUUGAUUGUUCGGCCUUCCGCCGGUGUUAUUUGAUUAAGUAUUGCGUUGAGUUUUACCUCCAUUUGGUUGAUUUGCAUUAGACACCGCGGAAGCGCCUAACAAGACUCACUGAUUAAACCAAUUUAAAGACUUUGACAAAUUCAGUUUCCUAUAACUUUUAUUUACUAUUAAAAAUCUAGACAUAUGGCGUAAAAGAAUGUACCAUAUCUUCACUUCGUUUUAAUUCACUGUGCUUCACUGAACUUCUCUGCACUUCAAUGCAAUUCCUUGCACUUCAACGGACUUUUCUGUGUUCAACCAGUCUUAAGUGUUUCGAGCCGUAUUCCGCGCUACUAAACUGUUGCGAGACGUAAACUCUAUCUCUAUGCCCGGCCCUAGGUCACUGCAACCAAUGUGGCCGCAGUGUACCUCGCACUUUCAUAGGUCCCGCACUAAUUCUAGGCGUAAAUUAUUUAAUUAAGCCAUUUAUAACUUAUAACAGUGUUCCCGCGCCUUCCUCAUUUUCCAGGUUAAUUUCAAUAUUAGACAUAAUUGUAGGUAUUUCUGUGUAGCAAAUAUACUGCACAGUUAUUUCAUUCCUACCAGUAGAUUAUUUAAUAUCUUGAAUGAUAUUAAGGAGCUUCUAAAUAAAUAUGUCUUUAAAUGAU